AUGUCCCUCUUCUGUAUCACCCACGACACCGGCGCGCUGGACCACGGCAAAGGAGGGAAAAUGUCGACCUUGGAGCAGUACGCUGAUGGUGCCCUCUGGCUGGAUGCCUCGCUCAACGACUUCAUGUUCCCCUCCACCGGCAGGUCGUUUGUCGACAUGCCCUACGAGUCGCUCUACAUGAUGCCCCAGCCCGAGCUGGAGUCGCUCCUGCUGCAGGGGUCGUCGUCCAGCUACGACGCCAGCCCGGACCGGUACCACCCUUCCUUUGCCGACGAUCAAGAGACAGCCUGCCGCGGCGGCUUUGGCCACCACCAAGCCGGCGGUCGGCCGGCCGCGCAGCCGCUCCCCGCGGCGACCUCGACCUCGCCUCUCUCAGACCGCAGCUGGACCGGGCACUCUCCGAGGAGCGACUCCUCGUCCGCCCGCUCCAUCGGCCCAGCUCACAGCGCUGCAUCUGCCUCCUUGCCGGGCCUCGGCCGCCGCAGACGCAGAAGCGCCCACGCGGCAACAGCGGCUCCGGCUCCGGCCCCGGCUCCGGUUCCGGUUCCGGUUACGGCUUCGGCUUCAUCUUCGGCUUCAGCUUCGGCAUUGCCUUCGGCUCCAGCUCCCCUGCCGUCGCCCAGCAGGGCCGGCAAGCACAGUGGCCAGCGCUCAAAGACGCUGGAGCGCAACCGCAUCGCCGCCACGAAUUUCCGCAAGCGCAGCAAGGAGUCGGUCAACCAGCUCGAGACGACAAAGGCCCAGCUGCAGAGCAAGCACGACGAGCUGCGCUCCGAGUUCUCCAAGCUGACCGAGGAGGUGCUGCAGCUGAAAAACGACCUCAUGUCCCACGCUGUCUGCCACGACAGCAGGAUAGACCGCUGGAUCCGGACCGAGGCCCAGAAGUUUACGCGGAAGCUUUCCAGCGCGGGCCAGUCGUGCCAGGGGCUGACGGCGCGGCCCGCUGCCCAGGGCUGCUAUGACACGGGUGGAUCGCCCGAAACUUCGGACGGCUUCGCCUCCGUGUUUCCUUGCUCGCCGAUUAUCGAGGGCGACAAGAGCUGA